AUGUUGGAUUCCCUUUGCAGCUUACACAAAAAAUAUUUAGCAACUGAAUUCGCAUUUCAAGUUUCCAGAACAACUUUUUGUAGAUUUAGACCUUUUUGGGUAGUCGCUCCAAAGCAAAGUGAUAGAGAAACUUGCGCUUGCUCAAAGCAUUCAAAUGUAGAAAUGAUAUGUGCAUCACUGUAUAAUGCUAAAACUAUACCAACUAAGAAACCGGACGAACUUUUAAAAGCUAUGGUUUGUGAUGAAAAAGAUAUAGAUUGCAUGCUGCGCAAUUGUCCUAGAUGCAAAGAAAGAACAAUUCCUGUAAAAAGCGAAGUAAAUGAAAAUUUAAACAAAAUCAUAACAUACGCAGUGUGGGAAUCAAAAGCCGAAAAAAGGGAAAUCAAAGGAGAGUUUAAAGAUGUUCGCAAAACAGUAAAAAUUCAAAAAAAUGAUAUUGUUAAAAACAUUUUGAACAUUUUACAGGUUCAAUUUACGCCGUACAUGAAGCAUGUUUUUUUUAUGCGACACCAGCAGAAAGAAUUGCAAAGACUAAAACAGUUCUUGCAACCAAAUGAACUUUUACUACAGAUUGAUUUUUCCGAAAAUUAUAUUGCAAAAUAUGAAAGCGAAAUCCAGUCAAUGCACUUUGGUGCUUCAAAAAAGCAGAUUUCACUACACACUGGUGUUUACUAUUACAGAACAGAAAGUGAUGCUCUUGUAAAAUCUCAGAGCUUUUGUUCAGUCAGUGACAAUCUAGAUCAUCAAUCACACGCAAUAUGGGCCCACUUACAUACCAUUUUAUUGGAGUUGGCUAACAGGUUUCCCAAUAUUACACAAGUACAUUUUUUAUCUGAUGGUCCUACAUCUCAGUAUAAAAAUAGAAAUAACUGUUUCUUGAUGUGCAAGAAAAUUCCCCAGUAUUUUACAAAUAUUAAGUCAAUGUCCUGGAAUUAUAGUGAAAGCGGCCAUGGCAAGGGACCCAUGGAUGGUGUAGGAGGAUCACUCAAACGAAAAGCUGAUAGAUUGGUGUUGCAAGGACAAGACAUAAUAUGUGCAGGUGACUUUGUACAUAAGCUUAAAGAAAGUUCGGUUAAAAUUUGGGAAGUUUUGGAAGAAGAGAUAAAAGACGCAAAACUUGAAAUUCCAAAUAAUAUUAGUCAAGUUCCAAAUAUUAUGUCUAUGCACCAAGUGACAUGGAGCAAAAAAUUUGCAGACAAACUAUUUUUAAGAAAACUUAGCUGUUUUGCAUGCAAAUUUGAUGAGCCCUGCAUUCAUUACAGUUUGAAGCCAUCAGUGGUACUAAUUGCUGCAAAAACCAAAAGUAUCCUUUUUAUAAAAUAUUGA